AUGGAGCGCCGCUGGGCUCUGCUGCUGCUGUGGCUCGGCCUGCCGGGUUCUGGGCGCGGCUCCCCGGAGCUGGAGCCCGGGGGAAGGCACGUGUGCCCGGCGGAAGACAGUCUGCCGCCCGCCCUCGUCUGCUGCCCGGGAUGGGAGCAAGCGGGGCCCGAGUGCCCCCUCGCCCUCUGCUUGGGCGCCGAGGCCUGCCUGGAGCGGGAGGUCUGCGUUCGCCCGUCGGUCUGCCGCUGCCGGCCGGGCUUCUUCGGGGCCAACUGCAGCGCCCGGUGCCCGGAGCAGUUCUGGGGCCCGGACUGCAAGCAGAACUGCCGCUGCCACCCCCACGGCCGCUGCCAUCCAGCCAGCGGAGAGUGCAGUUGCCACCCGGGCUGGUGGGGGCUGCUCUGCCAGUCGGCCUGCCUGUGUGGGCAGCGAGGCCACUGCCACCCUGUCACAGGCACCUGCCGGUGUGAUCCAGGCUGGUGGGCCCCUGACUGUCGGAGGCAGUGCCAGUGCAAUCUCUUGGGUUCCCGCUGUGAUCCGGCCACCGGCCGCUGCCUCUGCCAUCGGGGCUGGUGGGGCAGGCGAUGCGCCUCUCUCUGCAGCUGCCACGGAUCGCCUUGUGCCCAGGAAUCUGGGCGAUGCGAAUGCACGGCAGGAUGGUGGGGGCCGGCCUGCCAGCACCUGUGCCAGUGUGUGCACGGCCUGUGCGCACCUCAGGAUGGACGCUGCACCUGUGAUGCUGGCUACAGAGGCCCCAGCUGCACAGAGCCCUGCCAGAGGGGCACUUACGGACCCCAGUGUGCCCACAGCUGCGGCCACUGCAGGAACCGACAGCCCUGCUCCCCCGUGGAGGGGGCCUGCUUGGCCUGUGACCCUGGCUGGAAUGGGACCCACUGCCGGCAGCCGUGCCCUCUGGGGCUGUAUGGAGAGAACUGCACGCAGCCGUGCCCCCGCCACUGUCGCCAGGGAGAGACUUGCCAUCCGCAGACAGGACGAUGCCGGAACUGCGAGGCUGGAUUCGUGGGGGCCAGCUGCAACCAGACCUGCCCGGAAGCCUUCCAUGGGCCCAACUGCUCCGCAGCCUGUCCCUGUACAGGGGGACCGUGCCACCCCCUCUCCGGGGACUGCCAGCGGGGAGUCCAAGGCCGGGGGGCCCUCCUGGCAGGCAUCCUGGGGCCCCUCCUGCUCCUGUUCCUGCUGGGCUGCUGCUGCUGCUGCUGCUGCUGCUGGUCCCCCCGGUCUGAGCGCCCCCUCUUUCUUAGGGCGCCAGGGGCCGAGCAGGAUCGCUUCCCUCCAGCGAAGCACCGCCUGGUGGCCCUGUUGCCCAGCAUCCCUUCCAGCUUUCCCUGCUUCUCACGAGGGGGCUCCAAGCUUCCACGGGUGACAGUCACCCACCGAGACCCGGAGGCGCCCUUCAACCCCAGUUUCAUCGAACCAACAUCUGCUGCCUGGCCCUCGGACAGCUCCUUCUGCUCCUCCUCCUCCGAGGGAGUCAGCAAAGAAAGGGGGGGCUGCCAAGGGCCGCAGUCUGCUCUCCCCCCCAGUGAAGCCUUGCCAGAGUGCAGCCUUCUCCCCGAGGCAACACCGGUGCACCCCUCGCCCUUUGCCAUCCCUCGCACCUCCAGCAUCGCCAAGGGCAAGCGGCCCUCCGUCUCCUUUGCAGAAGGGACCCACUUUGGCCCUCAGGGCCUCAGGGCCCCCCCAGAGGCCCUCAGCCCUGCCCGGAAGCCAACGGCCUCUGAGAGCUCAGUCCCAGGUGCUCCUCCUCUGCAGGGGGCCUCAGGCCUCUCCCCGGGCAGAAGCUGCUACGAGAACAUGGCACCGACUCCCUGGGAGGACAGUGGCCGGGCCUCUGCAGGCCACCCUCCCAGAGGUCACGGGAGCUGGGCUGGCGGCUCCCGGCCCCUGGCGCAGAGAGCGGAGCCCCCGGAGGCAGCCGCUGUGGAAGCUUGCAUCCAUGAGCCCAGCAUCACCACCAUUUACGUGACCGUGGGCCAAGCUGGAAGGGGCAACAAAGACCCUCCGCUGGCCGUCCCACAGCAUUGGGGGAGUGGGCAGCAGGAGGCCACCUGGCCAAGGAGCCUGAAGAAGCUGCCAAGGAAGUUGGCCGCGGAGACGGGCCCUGGCAUGGCUGAAGCUCAAGGCCUGCUGGCCCCUGACGAGAAGGUGGAAGGUGGAGGGAGCAGCAGCAGCCUGGACCCAUGA